AUGCGUGUCACACUGUUCUUGAAGUUUCGAGGAGUCUUACCGGGCGCAGCUACGACAGCUGCCGAGGUAUUAUCCAAGAGGAAGCCUGCCAUGAAAAGGCCCGCCGCAGCCAAGCUCGUUGCCAAGCGCCCAGCAGCUGCGAAGCAAGCAGCCAAACGCCCGGCAGCUGCCAAGGACACAAAUCUGAAGAAGGCCCCUCCGUCAGAGGAGGCGGAGGAUCCAGUGAUGUUGUCAGGCUGGGGAGGAGAGAACACGGCGCAGCCCACAGCCGAUCGUAGCGGCACGCUUUGGCUGGAAGAACUUAGCGGUGAUACAUCGCCGUUCUCUGCGUUGAAGCAGAACGAAGAGCUGAUGCGAGUCCAUGAACAGCCAGAGGGGUUCGUGACCGAGUGGAACGAAGCUUCUGAGAAGGGCUGGGGUCGCAUUCGCCGUUGGGAGAAGGCCAUGAUUCCUCCAGAUCCUUCCGGAUCCAUCGUCUACGAGGAUGCGAGUGCGAAAAUGGUGGCUUCCAAAGUGCUCGUGUCUUGCUUUGCGGUGCAGGUAUCUGUUGACGCCGCCAAAGCUUCGGCUUGGCAUCGAGUGGUGGGGGUCGCCAGAUUCGACGGCGUUACCGUCGCAAUCUUGCAGGAGUACGACGGCGAGGGCUGCAUGUUGGCAAUGCAGGGUGAGCUUAAGUCAGCAUUCAUGGUUGAGGCUCUGAUGGCCAUGUCUGAUGCCAUGACCCGUGGCUCCCUCGACAUGUGGCUAGGAGCAAGGUACGUCAGGUUCAGGUACCGCUAUGCCACAUGGAAUGUGACACAGACAAGCAAUGGUCCCGAUGCCAAGGCCUUUCAUCGCUGCCUUUGCACUGCUCUGGCAUGGCAACCGGGUCUUGGCGAUGCUUUGCGAGAUCACUUGGAACGGCUUCUCGACGGCUGGGCGGCGGGCAGCGCGGAGAAACUGCGCAACGACGCCAAGGCAUUGAUUUGA